AUGGCGGCAGUUCGUAAGGUUCUGCCCAAAAUCUUCCUGUACAGGAUCCCCUUCACCAUCGGCUACAGAGAGCUCAAGGAUCAUUUCGGACAGUUCGGUUUGGUGUCGAAUUGUCACAUGCGAUGGAACCUGAAGACCGCUUCCCCUUCGGUUAUGCCUGGAUAACAUUUAACAAAGACGACUCCAUCAAGAAGGUUCUGGACCAGAAAGAUCACUUUUUGCAUGGAUACAAGAUUGAGGUCCAGCUACAUGAAGAACACAGAAACUCUGCGGAAGAGGACUACAGACAAAGAAACUCUGAGGAAGAUAAUAUGUAA